AUGGCGUACAGAGUACUAUCAUUGAAACCGGUAUCAAUCUAUUGCUUUUUGCGAAGGUGCGUUGAGGUGGUGCGGUUCAUCAAAGAAAACAGCGUGGGGAUCUUUAUGAGCCGAAUAGCGGUACAGGAAGCUGGGGGUGGCGGCAAGGACAGCGGAACUGUCAACGGCUCUGCCGUCGGCUCUCCGGAGGAGGCCAUGAUGGGACGGAUGGGCAUCCUCGUAGUCUGCCGUUUUGAGCGACUGCUGGUGGAAGAACAGGCUCUUGUUACGGCGAGGUUCGUGGUGUAUUCCCGGCAUACCUACUACAAGUUCCGGAACUCAAUGGUGCACAUGGUGCUGUAUAACCUCACCCCGGCUUCCAGUCGGAAGCGAAUGCACAAGGUGGAUCCUAAGCAAGCGGUGACGUUCGUGUGUAGGACCGCGGCGCACGCUCUCGUGGCGCUGUGCUACGAGGACUGCAUGGAGGCACUGGAGAAAGCGAUCGAGUUUGUGAGCUGCACUUCGGACAUUCACGCGGUGAUGUUCGUCCACCACUACAUUUCGACGAUGCACGAGAUGGGGCAUACGAUGUUGCGAAACGGCAGCCUCGGAGCUGGGGGCUCACAGACCGAAGGAGAAGGGGAGGGCGACACAAACGCAAGAACCAGAGAAACAUCUAACACCAAAGAGACGGAUAGUAGUCGAAAGCGAGGGACAAGACACAGAACCAGCAGUAGCGCCAUUGAGAAAAGUAGCGGUCGAAUAGGGUCAACGCAAGGAGGAAGCGAGGGUCGAGUGCAAGUGCGGAUUAAACGCGCACAAGAGUCAAGUAGUGGGCGACAGAGGGUGUCAAAAGAGCCGAGCGCGGAAAGACCAGGAACAGGGCAGGGGGGGGUCAUGGCGGGAGACAGGAGCUUUGCGCUCUUGCCUGAGGAGUCCGAAAGAAGGAUGUCCGAGGUUGGAUCGAUCGCAUCGGUGGUCGCGACCGGAGCCCAAACACAAGCACUGGGCAUCCGCAUUGCGAGGCUCAAAACACUCCUAAAAGAGCCGCACGCCAGGCUAUGUUCAGCGGGACAGUUUUGCCCGACGCUGCAGGACGUCUUUCCUUCCCCUCGACGACAAGCGGCGGACGACGAUUAUGCCGACUCGCUGCUCAAGCACUCAGCGUCCAUGUCACCUCGGUCUCCGAAGAACACAUUUUCUGGUUCCGGCGGGGAAUCCGACUUCUUCGAGGAACCGAUCGAGACGGGGGGAACCGACAUGAUAGUGGACGAGACGCUUUCGUGGUUGGCUGGGGGUAACAACAACGACGAAGGCGGUAAAGACGACAAGAAUGGUGAAGAUGGACACAACAUAGCCGGCGGAAAUCCCGCUCGACCCGUCGGUAACGUCUCGAGAACCCAUUCCAACUUGAAUGAAGAGGAAGACCUCCGUUGCCGAUCUUUGAGUUCUUCGAAGCCCUACCCCGACCUUCCUUCGGACGGGCGGAGGUCUGGAGCGCUCACCUCGACGGGGUGGGAAGUGGCCCAUCUGCUGCAUGUUUGCCUGGGGCGCUACCUGCAGCCAGGAGGACCGUCACCUGGGGUGAGAUAA